ACAUCAUCCCGUCGGCGGAAAACAAAAUCUUCGGUCCGGUUACGUUGACUAUCAGUAAUCAGUGUCUGCGGAUGGGGAUUAGAGGCCGUAUAAAAGACGCACCGAGCUGGCAACCACCAUCAGACUACACCAACCUGUUGCAACUGAAAUCGAAGUCGACCGGACCGCUUACAUUAUAGAUACCUAACCAAAAUAAUAAUACCUAAAAAUAGGUAUUAAUUUUUGUUGUAGUGCGAAGUCGCAAUAAUAAUAAUAUUUGGAAAGGAAAACUGCGUUUACGACAUCGUCAUGGCUGCUAAGCUGUUCUACGUAGCGAUGGCGGCCGCUUGCUGUACGAUGACUUCGGGCAGGCCGUCAACAGCACCGUUUCCUUUUGCUCCGCCGCCAAUCCCGUCAGGAGUAGCGACCGCAUCGGUAGCGCCACCCGGAUACGAUUUUGGCCAUCCUCGCGUAGUCGACACUCACCAUCAGCAGCAGCAGCAGCCGUCCAAACUCGACGACUUAGGCCAUCUCGUCAAUCAACUGCACCAGCUGUCCGAACAUGAAGACUUCAGCCAUCAUCACGAGAAUCAACUGCAGCUGCAGGCUCAACAGGCGUCCGAACACGACGACUUGGGGCAUAACGCCGACAAUCGGCAGCCGUCCACAGAAGCUCCACCAGCCGACUCGUCGUAUCACUUUGCAUACUCGGUGGAAGACCCGCUGACUGGGGACGUGAAGAGCCAGAACGAGAUGAGCGACGGCCGCGGCACAGUCAAGGGAUCGUACAGCAUGGUCGAAGCGGAUGGUUCCACUCGGGUGGUCGAGUACACGGCCGACGACGAGCACGGGUUCAACGCCGAAGUGAAGAGGAUCGGACCUCAGCACAGGUACGCAGCGGCGUCCGUCGACUCGUUCGAUCGCCGACCGUCGUCCAACUUGGGAUUUGGCCGGCUCGGCGGCGGCGGAGACUCAUCGGUGGAGAUAAUACGGUCCACCGACCAACAACACAUGCACUUUUACCUACCCGAACAGUACGUAAUCACGUCGGUGUGACGAUGAUUUUUUGUCAUUUUUUGUUUUCGGUUUCUGGUUGCGAUCGUCAAGUGCGUGCCUUGUCCGUAUUGUAUAAUGUAUAUAAUAUAUAAUGUACCUAAGUAAUGUAUUAUGUAAUAUUAUUAAAAUACCCCAAUUAUAGGUUUUAUUUUAGUUUUAAGUUUUAUACUUUUAUAUCUUACAAAUUGAGAACUUACAGUAAAAUGUAUACCUAUAUUAUGUUACAUUGUUACGGGAAAUAACGUUAUUUACCGGUUAUCAACUUACUGACUACCUCAUAAGCGUAAUCUGGGGUAAAUUAAUGGUGGGAAGGGGGGUAAAACUAAAAAUCUACAAGGUAAAAUGACACUAUUGUCCACUUAGUUAAAUAUCUGCUGGGGCAGUUGCCCCCCCCCCCACCACAAAAAAAAUACGCCAAUGGACUACCUAUAUUGGUGGGUAAUUAUUGUUAUUCAAUAAAGUACCGUAACAUUAAAUCAUAUACAUAUUAUUA